UCACUCAGUACCGACCUCGACAUGGCACACUUCCAGAUCCUAGGCGUUGCCUCCACUUUGCUGCUCCUGCUGGCCCCCACCUGGGCGGGAAUCAUUGCUCCGGCUGGCCUUAGCUAUGGCUACACUGGCGAUGAGCAUGCGGUGGCUCACACUCAGGCGAAUGUGGUGCGCAGCUUCGAUGGCACUGUUUCCCACUAUGCCAAGUCAGUGGCCACGCCCUUCUCCCAGGUGCACAAGCAGGACACAAGGAUCAGUAACAACGUGUAUCAGCCAGCGGUGGCCAAGGCCAUUAGCUAUGCUCCAGCUCCUGUUCCAGUUUCUAUUGGAGCUCCUGCUCAUGUAUACACCCAGCAGGCACAGCCGGAGCCAGCUCAUCUGUUCACUCAGGCUACGUCGGCUUAUCACCACCAGGCUGCUCCUGUGCAGACUCCAGUGACUUAUCACCAGGCUGCUCCUGUUCAGACUUACCAUCAGGCUGCUCCUGUCCAGACUCCAGUGACUUAUCACCAGGCUGCUCCUGUUCAGACUUACCAUCAGGCAGCUCCUGUCCAGGCUCCAGCGGUUUACCAUCAAACUGCCCAUGUGGAGAGUCCCUCUGUGUAUCAUCAACCCGCUCAUCUCAGUCAUCAGCCCGCUGUCAUCCACUAUUCCCCGGCGGAGACCGUGUCCCAUAUGAGCUUUGAUGGCUUUGGCACACACUACGGUUUCUAAAGGUUCUUAGUUUUAAGUGUUAACAAUGUUUGUAUUCAAACAGUGUUUAAAUAUA